AUGCGCACGCUCAAAGAGAAGUUGUCCCAGUCGUUUUUGCACUUAAAAGCAUCGCUCGAGGAAGACAAGCGCCUUGCGCUCACGCAGAAGGCCAGCUCGGACAUGCAGAGUGCUUUGAAAAAAAUGGAGGAGAUGGCCCAGACCAAGGAAGACGUGCAGGAGGCGCUGAAGAAGCAGGAGCAGAGCGGGAAGGAUCUGAAAGAGAUAAAGCAGGGCAUCGAGGACUUGCUGAAAAUGGUCAAGCCGCACAAGAAGUCUCUAAAAAAGAUACGGAAAGAGCAGGAAAAACAGAACAAAUGGUAUCUGGAGAAGAUGCGGCUGACGCUGUCCAGCUCCAGCAGCUCAGACGAGGGAGAUCUGCCCCUGCCCCCUGCGCCUAAGACAAGCACCCCGCAGAAGGAUGCACUGCUUGCAGAGCUUGCUCCUGCAGGAAGAAACCGCGACGUUUUUUCUGAGUUCUCCCUCCGCAGAGGAGAUGGCACAGGCACCAGGAAGCGAGAAAUCCUGCACGCGUCCAGCGAAGAGGAGACGAGCAAUGAAAGAGAGGAAGAGGUGUGGAAAGAAAAGGCCAGCCCGGCUGCACCACUGCGGGCAGUAUACCCCCAAAGGCCCGCAGGGAGCAGCACGAAAGAGGCUGAGCAGAGCAGAAGCGCAAGCCUGGCAAAAGAGCUGAAGGAGCGCCUGGUGCUCAAUCUGACCCCAGACAUAAGGAAGACCGUUCCUGAGAAGAGCAAAAAGGAAGCAGAAAGGCCCAAGAAGCCGGCGGCGCGGGAAAGUAAGGCCAUUCCAACCGCGGCGAAGAUAACUCCCGUUGUCAUUGGGGGAAAGAUCCGGGCCAUAAAAGAGAGCCCGCUCGAGAGCAAAGAGCCAGAAGCGCAAAAGGACAGUUCCUGCGAAACCUCGUCCUCUGACCUCACUGCAUACACAGACCCUCCUGCCAAAGGGUUUACGUUCAGCAAUCCAGAGAUGGAAAAGGUUGAGGAUAAGCUGGAGUUUAUCAAAAAGCAAGGGACAAUUGAGGACGAUGCCCGCUUGUACGGUAUGCUUACAACCACAAUUGAGAAAAUGAAAGAAAGAAAAGACUUUGAGGCCAUUAAAAUGUCAAUGCAAAUGGACAUUGCCAGAAAGUACAUAAAAGACUUCAUAGACCUUCGAGUGGCCCUGCAAAACACACAGCCACUUGACUCCGAGCAAGACCGAAGAAACAGGCGAAAGAAAAUGCGCGCUUCUCUUCCAAAAAGCUAG